AUGAAAAAAAGAAAUAGCCAGGAUUAGCAUUAAUUUGACUUUAGCAGUAUACAGCAACUGCAAGGAGAUAUGGAUCUCACUUACAUAUCAAAGAUGCUGGAACAGUCUAGACAGCGAAUUCAGCAAAUAAGUUACAUUGAGUAGAGAUCUUAACUAGACUCAGACGUCACAAGUAUCGAGGAUGAGCUAAAUUCAGCAUAUAAUGAGAUAAAGGACAAUGAGAAGUCAAUGAAGAGCAUACUUACUAUUACUGAGUUCCUAUUUGACACCUACUAAGAACUCUAGAUUAAGAUCGAAGAAGACUACAUUAAAAUAGAAGAUUAAAAAAGAGAAAUCGAUGCUGAGCAAUACAAGUCAUCAGUUUAUUAAGAGGAAUUAGAACUUAAAAACAAGACUGUGUCAUUUAUGCAGCAAACUCAAAGCAAUUUGGAGACCUAGUUGAAGUAAAUCAAGGAUGAAAAUGUUAAACUUAAAUCUCAGACUGUUUCCUUAAGUAGAAAAUUAAACUCAGACGAGCACCGGAUCCAGAUGGAUCUUGAGUAGGCCUAAACUGACUGCGAGCACUUGCAAAAACUAAAUCAAGAAUACUAUGAUAAGAUUACUCAUAUGCAGAAUGGAAUUGAAGAGUACAAUCAAACUAUUGAAAAACUCUCAUCCGACAUGCAAAAGAAAGAUCUAACUAUAAACACAUUGCAAAAGGAAAAUGAGGAGCUAAAUAAAAAUAAAAAGAAUCUUGCUUAGAAGGUUAUGGAGUAUCAACAGAUAAAUGAGGUUAUGAGGAAGGAUAAGAAGCAAUUGGAAUCAGAGAAAGCUGACUACAAGAAGAAGUUAGAUAUGCAUCAAAUGAUAUCUCAAAGCGCAGCAUUCCUUAGUCAGGGGCAUCUAGAAGACGAUGAUUCUCAGGAGAGUAUGCACAGAUUGAAUGAUUUAGAGGGAUUCAAUGAUAGCUUCCAAGAUGACUAAAAUCAGCAAUACUAUCAGACUCAGAGAAUGGAAACUCCUGCAAGAAAUUUUAAAUCUGAAGGACUAAAUCAGUCUUUUGGCAGUGAUGACUUCAAUCAAAAUGUUGUUUAAAAUGUCAAGAUUAAUUCCUAGUCUGAUUAUAUUGAGGCAUACCAGUAAGCUUAUGAGACAUAAAUCGAUAGAUAGAAUUAAUCAGUCAUAUCUUUGAUAUAACUGGAUGUUCAAGAAAAAGUUGUUGAUCUCAAAAUCGUCAACAAUUCUUUAAGAAAGCAGAUUCAAAGCAAGACCUAAAACCAAGAUAUGGAAUUUGAUAAGAAUUCAAGUUCAUCUAAGUCGCCUAUUGGCAGCAAUCCAUUUACUACAAAUUCAGGCAAGCCUGAUGCGAAUAGAGAUGUUAUCAAGGAAUUCUUUACUCUGACUCUACAAUCUGUGAAGCUAAAUAGCCCUAACAUGAAUCUCAUCUGUGCCAUCAAACCUUAGGAGUUGUAUGAUAAGGUUCAAAGUCUGCAAGUGCCCUUCUAUCAAAAAACACUGGAAAAGACAAAGGAAGAAAAAUAGACAGCAGCAAGAACUAAUCCGAAUGCAUCGACAGCUUCAACUACUCAAAGAAGAGGCAGAGAUUCCUAGGGUGGAAAAAGCAACUAAAGAUCUAAAUCUGUAUACAAAAAAGAUACCAGGCUAAUAACAGCCACUAAGGGCUUUGGAAAAUUUUGA